UAUUAAAAUCAUUCAUUAUCCCGUCUAUGUUUUACUCAAUUAUAUGUUUCUAUUUUUGAGUUGAUUUUAUUCACAAUUUGUGUUUGAAUAUAUUUGUGUUGCAGACAAUUUUCAUGGCUCCAAUUAAGACUAAACGCAGAGCACAUGCUGUUGGCCCUAAAAAUAUGGUCAAUGGUAGGUGCUAUUUCAGCCAUUUUGUUAAUUUUAUGGUCACCCUAGUUCCGUUAUUGUCGCAUGAGCAAAAGGUUAGGAUCACCGGCACACCUUUUGGCCAUUUGCUAGGUCUGCCAUAUAUUAAACAGAGUAGGCCUGUCCUGGACACUCUGCUCUCCUUCUGGGAUGACGAGGAGGAGGGUUUUUGGUUUGGUAAGGUUUUAGUUCCUUUUGUAGGGAGCGAUUUUGCACUAAUUCUUGGUCUAAGUGCGACGGGCGAUGAGGUAGAAUUGCAUAGUAAGGGGAGGGUCACGUCUGACCUCAUCAUCCGUUUUUUUGAGGGGGACCAUAAAAAAGCCAAUAGAAAUGCAGUAAAGAGUAGAUUACAAUUUCUUGUUGGAAAGAGCGGACAACAAGAUGUAGAGGAUUUCACAAAGUUAUGGGUUCUAUAUGUCUUUGUGACUAUCCUCUUUCCAACUAUACACUAUUACGUUCCUAAGGCAUUAUGUUCAUAUCUUGAUGAUUUAGACCGCUUAGGUUCAUAUAGUUGGGGUCUUGCUGUUUUUGCUUUUCUUCGCCAACAAAUACCUAGUGUAGCCGAUAGUGUGCGGUCAAGGAAUAUCACUGGGAAAGGAUCGGCUAAAUAUAUGGACGGCUGCACGGUCGCUUUGGUGGCAUGGGCUGUUGAGCAUGCGAACAGCCUUGUUGGAAGCCAACGACCCACCUUCAUGUAUCCACGUCUCCUGCGUUGGAGCAAUGUCUCAUUUCCUCGCAAGGUGGACGUGAUUUCUGAAAUCAUGAAGAACUUAAAACGAUAUCAGGUGAUCGAGAAGCUAGAGCCUAGAGAGGAGGAGUUGCACAUUCUCUCGCGAGGAAGGCCACGAGACGUUGCUUCCAUAGAGAUGCGAAGAGAUGAUGCAUUGGUAAAGGGUUUACAAAACAUUUUCAAUGUUUGUACAGAAAUCUUACAAUCAUUCUAGACUUUCGCACGUAUCUUUCAA